AUGAGCGCCAACAAAGAUGGGAAAUCAACGUCUCAUCUCAUGGCUGGGUUCAUUGGUGGAUUGACAUCCGCGGUGACUCUCCAACCUUUUGAUUUAUUGAAAACUAGGGUUCAACAAUCACAGACCAAUUCACAAUUACAAUCUUCUAGCAGUAAAGUGGCUGCGAAGUCGCUCCGAACAAUCAUCAAAGAAAUGCCAUCAUUACGCAACCUAUGGACCGGAACCCUUCCAUCGGUCCUUCGGACAUCCAUCGGAAGCUCAUUGUAUUUGACCAGUUUGAAUAUUUCACGAAACUAUUUGGCCGAAAGAAAAGCAGCCAAUCUUUCUGAUUCCAGGGAUUUGAAGAGUUCUACAUCCAAACUUCCCAAGCUUGCAAUGUAUGAAAAUUUAAUUAGCGGCGCGGCGAUGCGAAGUCUAGUUGGGAUCCUUACCAUGCCUAUCACCGUUAUCAAAACUCGGUACGAAUCCAGUCUUUAUAACUAUACAUCUUUGAACCAAGCUGCCCGUGAUAUUUUCCGUGACCAUCGUUUCAAAGGGUUCUUUUUGGGUUGCGGGUCAACGAUUGUGCGAGAUGCCCCAUAUGCCGGAUUAUAUGUCUUGAUGUAUGAACAAUUGAAAGUGAUGAUACCGAAGGCCCUAAAAAUUGAUGAGGGCUCUCAAGAAAAUAAACCCAAUGGCACCAUGAAAGGGAAUCAAGGUAUUGAUUAUUACUCGAUUAUGGUAAACUCAAUGUCAGCGAUGACUGCUGCAUCGACAGCAACCCUCAUCACCACUCCAUUCGAUACCAUAAAAACUAGAAUCCAGAUCGAACCUCAAUAUUAUAGAAACUUCUUCCAUGCCAGCAAAUUGAUCUUGACCCAGGAAGGGGUAUUGGUGUUAUUCCGAGGAGCUGGUUUGAGAUUGGUGAGAAAAACCUUGAGCGCAGGAAUUGCUUGGGGAGUUUACGAGGAAUUAUUAAAGUUUUUCUGA